AUGAAUGCUCAAAAAUAUGGUCCAGUCUAUCGAGAUAAGAUCGGAAAUCUUUCAUAUGUGUUUGUGUAUAAGCCAGAAGAUGUCGCUAAGGUUUUUCAAGCGGAAGGGAAAUAUCCUGCUCGUGGUCCAGCAUUACCAUGGAAGAUUUAUAGGGAACAACGAAAGAAAGCCAAGGGCCUCCUACUCGGAGAAGGUAAAGAGUGGCGAAAAUUUAGAAGCGUUAUGGAUAAAAAGCUACUAAAGGUCAAAGACGCUGCCGCAUACAGCGAUAGAAUGAACGACGCUAUUACCGAUUUUCUAAUGCACUUGGAUAAAAAGCGACAAGAAGAUAAUAUGGACGGAGAAAUUAAAGAUUUGAAGGAUUCUUUAUACAAAUGGUCUUUUGAAACUAUCAAUACUGUACUAUACAAUAAAAAACUUGGAACCUUUGAAGAUCCUCCAAAUCCUAUUGCUGUGAAAUUUUAUCGUAGCGUGUGUUUAAUGUUCGAUAAAAGUAAUGAAAUAACAUUGUUGCCUCCUUACUACAAAUAUAUUAAAACUAAACGUUGGAACGAUUACUGUAAAAUAUGGGAUACAAUGUUUGAGAUAGCUGAGCAGCUCGUCGACGAGGAGUAUCAGAAACUGCAACAGAGCAUAAGUGAAGAUUCACGUAAAUCGAUUGAUCUUCAUCACAGCGAAGAAAUAGAAUUUUUACCGUAUGUUCUCCUACGAAGUGAAUUAAACAAAGAUGAAAUUGUGGGAAAUAUCAUGGAUUUAAUGAUUGGUGGAGUAGAUACGUCAGCUAACACAAUGCUGUGGACAUUGUAUGUAUUGGGAAAACAUCCAGAUAUUCAAGAAAAGUUAUAUCAAGAGGUAUGCAGUGUAAUGAAGAAAGGCGAACAUCCAAAUAGUCUAUCUGUUCAGAAGAUGCCGUACCUCAGAGGCUUAAUCAAGGAGUGUCAACGUAUGUAUCCGGUCGCCAUUGUGACUGCUCGAAUUCUUGAUAAAGACACAGUAUUAGGUGGAUAUCAAAUUCCAGCUAAGACUAAAGUACUCGUCGGUUACCAUAUGAUGUCAUUCGAUGAAUCGUUUCAUGAUGAGCCAACAAAGAUAAAGCCUGAGCGAUGGAUAAGAUCAUCCGCUCAACAUCGUUUUAAUCCUUUUGGUCAUACAGCAUUUAGCUUUGGACCAAGAAUGUGCGUUGGCAGACGUAUUGCUGAAUUGGAAAUGCAGCUAUUAAUAUCCAGGGUAAUCUUCAUAAAUUUCAUAACUGAUGCAUUUUGCUACCGAUCUUUUGACGUACGUAGUUUGUUUUUGAAUGUAUAUAAUUAA